AACGUCAGUAGUCGCUUUACGGCAGAGCGUGCUGCUGCUGGAGGUCAGAGGCACGUUAGGAAAACGAAGUCAUUAACCUGUGACGAAAAGCUGCUGUUUUCACACAGGAAAAUUCACGUAAAAUACAAAAUACACACUGUAAGGACAACGUGUACUGGUGGCGGUGAAUCCAGCAGCUCGUCGUUUAUCAGUUUGUGUCUCGUUUUGAGUAUUACGACAUAGCUAGCUAACCUCAGCGGGGUCGGUUCGUCUUCAGCUCCUCAGCCAGGUGAACACUUCAGAUCUUCUACAGCCAUGGACAACAACUCACAAGGUCCCGGAGGACUCAAAGCAGGUCUCGGGAGUAUCUUUGGAGGUGGAGCACCUGAAUACUCCAACACAGAGCUCGCCGGUGUCCCAUUGACUGGGAUGAGUCCACUGUCCCCUUACCUCAACGUCGACCCUCGUUACCUGGUUCAGGACACAGAUGAGUUCAUUCUACCUACAGGUGCCAAUAAAACGAGAGGACGGUUUGAACUGGCUUUCUUUACUAUUGGAGGCUCCUGUAUUACUGGAGCUGCAUUUGGAGCUGUUAAUGGUCUCAGGAUGGGCCUGAAGGAGACCAGCGACAUGGCAUGGUCCAAACCUCGUAAUGUACAGAUUCUCAACAUGGUGACCAGACAGGGUGCUUCAUGGGCCAACACUCUGGGCUCUGUUGCCUUGCUAUACAGUGCUUUUGGUGUGGCAAUAGAGAAAGCCAGAGGAGCAGAAGAUGACAUCAACACAGUAGCUGCCGGCACGUUAACUGGGAUGCUCUUUAAAUCAGCCAGUGGUCUGAAGGGUGUCGCCCGUGGAGGUCUGGCUGGUUUAGCUUUGUCUGGUGCCUACGCAGUCUACAACAACUGGGACCACCUCACCGGCGCCUCCUCAUCCUCCAGGCUGUACUAAACUUUCCUUCACAUCUUCUUCAACUUUAGGGCCAAAUAUCUCCGGGACACAGCCUUUAACCACAGCGCUAAGAGGAAUUAGACUCUGGUCAAAUGCAGUGUGCUCUCCAGUGAAGCGAGUUGGUCCCAGUUCGCUGGCACCCCCCCCCCCUCCCCACCCCCCAUAGCCACUUUCCAGGAGCAUUCUGAGAUGAAAAUGUGGACUUACUCCACUGGGAUUCCAGAUGUAGACCGUCCUAAAACACCCCUCGCAUCAUUUGUCUUCAUCCUCUGAGGUAUUCCUGUCACUGAUCAGAUACAGAUCAGUAAUAAGAUGGAAUAUGUGUCAUUUGUUAUAUUAUCGUUUAUGAGAGACUUAUUAGUCUUCAAUAAUGCUAAUUUUUUUGAAAUCAGUAAACCCAUGACAUGGGUUAAAUGAGCCAAUAUCAAUUUGUAAGAUGACUUGUGGAAUCUGGAGUGUGUGCUUCACCAGAUAAAUGGCGGUGGAUUCAUGUUCUGAUCUUGGACUGAAAGACUCUUCUCACGUAGAAGAGCAAAUAGAUAUUUAACGACGAUCUGCAAACACAGAACUGUUGUAUUUAUUGAAGCGUAACCACAGUGGGUUCUGUGUUACUGUGCAAGAGGGUUUCUUGCCUGAUGUGACCGUCGCUGUAAAGCUAUACUGGAAGUACGUGCUGUUUAUGUGUCUCCAUCAAACCCACUGAAAUAAUAAAACAUGGGAAAACAAA